AUGGCUGUCUUUGGGCUGCUGUUGCAGCUCUCUCUGCAUAUCCUCGCGGCUAGUCAGACAUUAAUCACUAUCACAGAAACGAACCGAGCUUGUUCCUCGAGGGGUACAAGGAGCACUGCCAGUCUCAGUACGCAGACGAGAGACGGAUCCACCUCAGCAUCGUUGUGGAAUACCCAAGGCGGGACGGCAACAACCAUUGCCAACGGCGGCCCAACUCUUGUUCCUGGUCCACCACCCUCGUCGAAUGGAGGAGAUCUUGAGAUCCUGAACCCGGGGAACAAUGGUAUCAUGUACUAUUGCGCUGCCAAUGACUUGGCCUCCUGCUCGCGGCUCAUGGUCCAGCUGAAUGCAACCUUCAGUUUCCCGACUGUCAUCCUCGAGCACUCGGCAUAUAUCUCACGCGUGGACUGGUCAGAGAGCGAGCUCAGCAUACGCUUCAAUUCACCCGGCGCAUACGAGUAUGUCAAACAAUCUUGGAACCUCCCAGAAGCCAGCUUGGUGCCGCGUGAUCUUAUCACUCCCUUCGUCCUGGCUACGACUGCGCAAGAGAGCUCCGGGGCACAGCGCGACUACUUCAUAGUCAAUAAAGUACACUACGAUGACGCCGAUCUCGUUGUCGUUUGCUACGGAAGCGAUUUGGACCUCGACGGCGCCGUCGACGAUCUCGGCAUUCAAUGGGGCAGCUACGCGAACGAAGCCAAUACGCCGGCCCCAUCAUCUAUAUCGGGCAGUGUAGGCGGCUCAAAUUGA